GAUAUUUGGGGCGAGGCGGCAACACUUGCAGGCCAAACCCGCCGGACUCCACCACCCCCUCCUCCGCCCCUUUCGGCUUCGCCGCGGACGCCGCGGCCGCUCGUUUCAUGGUUUUCAGGCGACAGGCGUGAUGGGAGAGGACAAAAGGAAGAUUAUGACGGUGCAGGGCGCGGCCAUGCAGUCUCUGGUUGCGGCUGGUCCUAGAUGCAGUGCCACGGCGGUGUCACAGUUGGGCAAAAUGCCAUCAACAGGGGAAGCGGAGGCGACAACCAACGACAGUACCGACGACAUGGGGCCGUGCGAGCACUUUUUCAUGGACGGUGAUGAGCUGGUGUAUGACACCAAGACUGCCAAGAAGCCCCCAAAGUGCGUACAUUACCCGUGCACAACCACCGGGAGGGAAGCCACUGGUGGCGGCGAGGAAAAUGCCAGGAUGAUGGUCUGCGCCGUGUGCAAAUCUACCUUCUGCUCUGGGGUGGUGGACAGGAAAUAUCCGCAGGGACACGCCCACUGGCACGCCAACCUCUACCACCAUUGGGCUGCUCUGUGGUACGAUGAACCCUGUACUGGUUACUGCUUCCAGUGUCGACGCGUUGUCAGGUUCGGUGCGAACAACUGGAACAAAAAUGAGUGGGCAAUGGUGCCCAGAAAGAGGGAUGAGUGGGGAAUGGUGGUACAGGACAAGACGGAGAUUGUGACCGUGGAGGAGGUACCAAACAAUGCAAAGGAUGAGUGUGGAAUGGUGGUAGAGCACAAGACGAAGAUUCUGACCGUGGAGGAGGUGACCAAGAACCCACAAAAAUCUCAGCACCUGGACUUACUGGCUCUGGAUGGGGCUGCUCCUCGAUGCAGCGCUGAGACACUGCUGGAGUUGAGCAAAUCACCAUCAACAGGGGAAGAGGAGGUGUCAAGCAGUUACAGUCCCGUUGACGACGGGCGGUGUGAGCACAUAUUCAUGACCGACGAGGAUCUGUAUGUGAUUGCGAAUGACUUCAAGACUGCCAAGAAGCACCCGAAGUGCCAGCAUAACUUGUGCAGGGUCACUUGGAAGAGAAUCUCUGGUGGUAGUGAGGAGAAUGCUGGGAUGAUGCUGUGCACGGAGUGCAGCUCUUAUUUCUGCACUGGGCCAGAGGGGGACAGGGAAAAUCCGCAGGGACAUGCCAGCUGGCACGCCAAACAGUUCCAGCAUUGGGUUCUUCUGUGGUACGAUGAACCAUAUAAGGGGUAUUGCUUCGAAUGUAGACAAGUUCUGAGGCUCAGCGUGGACGAAAAUGCAUGUGCAAUGGUGGCCGGAAAUGGAAAGGAUGAGUGGGGAAUGGUGGCCGGAAAUGGAAACGGUGUGUCGGGAAUGGUGGCCGGAAAUGGAAACGGUGCGUGGGGAACAGUGGCAAGCAACAGAAACAGCGUGUGGGGAAUGGUGACCGGAAAUGGAAACGGUGUGUUGGGAAUGUUGACCGGAAAUGGAAACGGUGUGUUGGGAAUGUUGACCGGAAAUGGAAACGGUGUGUUGGGAAUGUUGACCGGAAAUGGAAACGGUGUGUUGGGAAUGUUGACCGGAAAUGGAAACAGUGUGUGGGGAACGGUGGCAAGCAAUGGAAACGGUGUGUGGGGAACGGUGGCAAAGUAUGAGCAGGGAAUGGUGUUCAGUGAUGCUGCAGGUAGCCAUGUGUCUCAGAUCGCUAAUGGGAACGGCUAUGUUAUCAAAGGGAUACCAAAUCUUGGAAGCACAUGCUACAUGAAUGCAUCGCUGCAAUGCCUCCUUGCACUUGGUAAGCUGAGAACAAUGAUUUUAAGACCGGAUGCUCGGUUGGGGAUCAUUGGUCUGCACUUGAAGCAGUUGUUUGAUGCGGGUACGAAUGAUUCCAGACGAAUGCUUGACCCACGAAAGCUAUUGGAUGCUAUGAAGAGCUCCUCUGAUAUGCAGUUCAUGGGCAUGGGCAUGCAAGACAGCCACGACUUCCUUACAUAUUUGCUAAGUGCUUUGGAUAAGGAGGUGCACAAGCAAAAUGAGGUUUAUUCCAGGCGAGGGUUUACAGAGUUUCCUAAAUUUGGGGAUUCCAUUUUCAAGGGUCAGCAGUGUCAGACCUUAUCCUGCAAAAGUUGUCCGAAUAAGUCAGUUAGCCAUGGCAAAUUCCAUGAUCUCCAGCCAGCUGUGGCACUGCCAUCAAAGGACCCUCCUGCAAGAAGUGUUACGUCAUCACUAAGGAGCGAAAACGGCAGAUCUCCAAAGAAGCCUCAUGAGAAACUAUUUCAACAAAUUGACAAGGGUGAUGAAGAAAAGAUUCAAAGAAUUGCUGGAGGCGGUGAUUCUCAGAAUCCUUGUUCAGAAUUGGCAGAUGGGGCCAUGGAGAAGAAACCCAAGCCUUUGCAAGUUGAUUCUACUGAAGUGAAGGAUGUUGUAAACGGUCAUUUGAAGACUCGGAAGAAUGAUGUCCCAGGAAAGAUCAUUGAGGUGCAAAUAAAAGCUCUUGAUUUCAUUCCUAACUUGUUUGAUGACAGUGACACAGAGGAAAUGGGCGAGAUAAAAGUAGAUUUUCACAAUCCAGAAGAUAUAGGUCCACCUCCACUUGUUAAUAUACAAGCCAAGGAGAACACUUGCUCAGUAGAAGUUACUAAAGAAGACAAGGGGAAAGCUCAGAGCAGGAGUGAUAUUAUAUAUGAUGUGGCAGAACAUAUGAACUCUCUUUCGUCGAUUGAGGACUGCCUGGCACUGCUUUUGCUUGAACGACCACUAGAUUGGACUUGUGAUGACUGUUCAAAUGUUGCUAAGCUGCCGAGGACCAAUAUAAGUAGUAUAAAUGGUGAGCAGGUGAAGCUUGAUUAUCAGCGUGCAAAACGAGUGCAUGAAAAUCUAAAUGAGCAGAAAGAUGGGAAUGGUGGUGCAACUCAAACAAUUUUACUUACCAAGUUGCCACCUGUACUAACCAUUCAACUGAAGAGAUAUAAAGAUGAUCUUACUAAAAUGAGAGGACAUGUGAGCUUUAAGGAGAUUCUUGAUGUAGGACCAUUCAUGGACCCAAGUUGCGAGGACAAAGGUGACUCCAGGUAUCGUCUAGUUGGUGUCAUUGAGCACCUUGGGGCCAACUUGGGGGGAGGGCAUUACAUUGCUUAUGUGAGGGCAGGUUGCAAUGAGCAGAGCAGUGGCGCUUCCUCCUGGGUUUGUGCAAACGAUCACAACAUCAGUCAAGUCUCUCUACAAGAAGUUCUCAGGUGCGAGGCGUACGUCCUUUUCUAUGAGAGGAUGGAGGACUGAGUCAUGUGUCUGAUUCUACCCACCAACUCAUCAGAAGUGCAAUGACAAAGGAAGCAGAAGGGUGAGAUUAGCAAGGAUGGCUGAGUAGAUGAUCAAAGUCCAAUUUUAUUGCCUUGGAUGAGUGAUUGAAGGAUUUUAUAUAUAUAUAUAUAUAGGUUGCAGCUUGUAGGGUAGUCAGCUGGACAGAUUUCGGCCAGUGUUGAUGGCCAUCUUGUCAUCAUAAUCGUUCAUAACCACUGUUUCUGUACAUAAGAAGCAUACUAUAGUUUCUUUUCUGUGGAGAGGAGAAAACUGGAUAGAGUUUUUGUUUUGUUAGAACAACACUGAGUAGGUAUCCCUCUGUAUAUUCUUGUGAUGGACAGCAUUCUCCAAUUAGAUAUGCCCUGAAAUAGCAGUCGUGAUUGUUCUGAA